AUGAACAUCACCUUUGGCGGCGACGACGAGCAGGGUGAUCCGUUCGGCGACGAGCCUGGCGAGGACAGGCGCAGCGAGGACCCGUUCUCUCCAGCGGCGGACGUGGUCCGCGGCGACGGGCCUGCGACGUGGUUCAACAACCCCCUCGGGCUGGCGGGGGACAAGGAAGAGGGGUCGGAGGACCCGUUCGGCGCCGAGGAUGACGGCACUGCUCCGUUCGGGGCUCCGACGAUCCAGAAGACGCGUUUGUCGGUCGACGCGCCUCCAUGGGUGCCCCCCCCGAGUGCCGCGGAGGCGGUCUCGGAGGGGGGGAGUGGGAUCGGGCCGGGCCUCGCUGCCGCUCGGGGAGACGACUCGCCUGGGGUUGCGCAGCGCGGGGCCGACGCGCCGGGCGGAGAGAGCGACCGGGGGCAGGGUGCCAGGGAGGAGCUGGGUGAGGCGCGGUCGCGGUGUUUCGGUGGGCUGGAGCUGGAGGACAAGGCGGCGGCAACGGUCGAGGCGGCCCAGGCCGGAGUCGCGGCGCCGGCGCCGCAGGAGGGUUCGGCGGGGGGCGCAGCAGUUGCGGUGUUGCCUGUUGCGGCCGAUUCGAAGCCUGCGCGGCCCCCCGGCGGGUCGCGGAGCGACGAGAAGGACGCGGGCACAACAGGCUCUCCUGGUGCGCAAGCCGCGAGCCCGAAGAUGCGGAGAGACGCUCCGGGCGAUGCCCACGGGCCUGCGGCGGUCAGCGGUGCCAGCCCGCGGCCUGAGCCGGCCGCGCGCUGGACGGACCAGCCGGGCAAGCAGGCGCAGGAGGAGGCGGCGGCCCUCGCGGCGGAGCGGCGCAUCAACGUCCGCGAGAUGUCGCGGCGUCUGUCCGAGCAGAGCAGAGACGGCAACGUCCCAUCCCCGUCACGCGCACUCAACGCCGGGACGCCCACGCGCAUGUCGCUCGAGGGCACGCGUCCCAGGAUCUCGCAAUCGCCGUCCACGGCGCGACAGCCACCGACACCGACGGGGCCCGGCGCGUCGCCCCCGGCACCGCCGCCAGCGACAGCUCCGUCCGCGCCGCCCACAGCCCCGCAGGCGGUCGACGCUGCGUCGCCGAGCCGCCCCGCCCCUGCCCCGAAGCUGCACUACAACGUCAACGCGUCGCCGUUCCAGCCCCGCAGCGCCCACGCAUCCACGUCCUCGCAGCCGUCGAGCCCGCAGAAGGCGCCGCGCGGGGGCCUGUCGCAGGCGUUCGCGGGCAGCAGCAGCCCGCAGGCGCAUGCCCCGACGUUCCCUUCGCCGCCAACGUCGCCGACCAAGGCCGCUGGGCACAGCGGCUUGUACUCUGGGCUGGCGAAAGUGGUUCUGCCGUGGGGCACGUACCACGGCAAGGUCCAGCAGGGCGAGGUGCGCGGCGCCGGGGUGCUGCGGAGCUCCUCGGGGGCCGAGCUGAGCGGGGACUGGCAGGGGUCGGAGGCCGGGCUGGUUCUGGGCAUGGCGACGCAUGCGGACGGUGGCAAGUACACGGGGGCUCUGCUGGGCGGGCAGCGGGUGGGGAUGGGGCUGUUCGAGGGCAAGGACGGCGCCGUGCAGGCGGGGCACUGGAUCGGAGGCGUGCUGCGGACGGGGUGCGUGAUGCAGGGCGACGGCGAGCAGUGCUGGGGGCAGCGCGACGGAGACGCGCGCUGGACGGGCCCGGGCAUGGUCGUGUACAAGGACGGCGGCGGCUUCCUGGGCGAUUUGAGCGCGGGCGGUGCGGCUCGGGGCGACGCGAGGGGGGGGAGUCAGCGGCUCGAGACCCCCGGGGUCUGGCUGGACCCGUUCGGCGCGCCCGUGCACGCGGACGCGACGGCCGACGAGACGGCCGCCGCGCGCCGCGCCGUGGAGCUGGUGGCGGACAUGGUCAUCGGCGCCGCGAAGUCGCAGGCGCUGGAGCAGUCGCUGCCUGACCUCGCCGAAGCCGACAAGCUGGUGCUGGACGGCGCGAACGUCCUCGGAGUCGCGCUGCCUGACGAACAGGCGGCGCAGGGGUGGGCGCCGCAGCUGGAGAAGGCCGUGCGGUCGGGCCGGGACCAGGCGCGGAACGCGCGGGCGCUGGCGAGGAAGGCGGGGCUGGCGAACUGGGGGGGUGUUGUUUUUGUUUUUCUUCUUUGUUUGAGACGAAGAAAAGGAGGUCCGUGUGUCUCACAGCGCCUGGUUCGCAACGUGUCGGCGUAUGUACAGGGGCGGCGGGGGGAGCUCGACUGGCCGUGUGCCAAGUGGCCUUACUUGCCGGGGAUCGGGAUGGGCUGA